AUGGCAGCAGGAGCACCCGACCUGAGUUCCAACAAGACAGUUCGCAUACUGAAAGAUGCAGAGGCACGCGGAUAUGGCGUCCAAGCCUCCAUUGUCUACAACAUCGAACACAUCCUCGGCGUCGUCCGCGCAGCAGAACUCAAGCAGUCUCCCCUGAUCAUCCAACUCUUUCCCUGGGCCAUCACCUUCUCCGACGGACUCCUCGUCCGAACAGCCGCAGAAGCCGCCUCUCGCACAUCUGUACCAAUAGCAGUGCAUCUAGACCACUGCCAGGAUGAGAACUUGCUUCGUAUAGCAGCCGAAACGCUCCCAUUUGACUCGAUAAUGGUUGACAUGUCGCAUCACGAGAAAUGCGAGAACUUGCGCCUCACGAAGCAGUAUGUGGAUCUAUGCCACUCCCGUGGGAUUGCUACAGAGGCAGAGCCUGGACGACUUGAAGGUGGCGAGGACGGCGUAGCUGAUCUCGUAGACAUAGAGGGCGUUCUCACUACUCCAGAAGAAGUUGAUGAGUUUAUCGCUACUGGUGUAGACUUUUUGGCUCCAGCGUUCGGCAAUUUGCAUGGAGAAGAUGGGUACACCAAUGCUCGUCUCGAUUUCGAGAGAUUGGAAGCGAUCAGGAGGAGAGCAGAUGGCAGAGUCAGGAUCGUGUUGCAUGGCACGAACGGGUACCCGCCGGAGCUUCUCCAGCGAUGCAUCCAAGCCGGGGUGAGCAAGAUCAAUGUCAACAAGUUAGUACUGGACGGAUACACGAAGCACUUGCAUGCAAAUGCUGCAAAGAUGCCAUUGACGGAGCUGAUGGAGAAAGGUGUUGCCGAAGUUGCCAGAUUGCAGGGAGAGCAAAUGGAUAUAUGUGGCUCAAGUGGCAAGGCGAGCGGGAUUGCAUGA